AUGGUGCCUUUCGGGUCCAACAGGACAUACGCAAAGGAGGAGCUCGAGGGCAGAGGCGGUGGCACGCGUUGGCUCUUCUACGUGGUGUUCGAUGUCCUCUACGCCGAGGGUUCUGGCGGCGGGCUGGAGGACGGGGGGACGAUGGAUGAGAUAGUGAGGGACGCAGUGAAAAGCAGUAUUGCGCCGUGUCCCCCGCGUAGCGAAGUCCAGGCCGGUAAUCUCACGGCUCUUCCACUGGACGUUCGUCGAACGGUACUUCGAUCGAUCGUGACGGAAAAUGAGCACCGCCUGGAGUUCGUCAAGAGCUGGGAGGUCCCCGCUGGGGACGAGGUGGAACGCAAGAAACAGCUGGAUGAGUGCUUCGAGCAGCGCGCGAUACACCUCAACGAGGAGGGUUUGGUGGUCAAGGACCUGCACGGCCACUACAUGGUGAACACCCCGCUAUGGAUAAAGAUGAAGCCGGAGUACUCGGACCAGACGGAAGACAUGGACCUCCUCAUACUCGCGGCCGGCUUCGCGAACGGCAAGAUGCGCUCCGGGAUGCUCUCCAAGUUUCUGGUGGGCGUCGCCGUGCCCAACGAAGACGGGCAACCACGGAAAGAGUUUUACCCUCUCGCCAGGGUGGGCACCGGGUACUCAAUAAACGAGCUUGAAGACCUGAACGAACUGCUCAAGGACAAGUGGAAGUCGUUUGAUACGAGCGCCCCGACGCACUUCAACGCACAUCGCACGGUGAUUAAGAAAGCGAGCCGGGAUGGGGUACCCUUGACGAAGUGGAUAGCGGCGGAAGACUCCGUCUGCCUUCAGGUCAAGUGCAUGGAGAUCGUCAAGGCCAGCGAUUGGCCAGGGGUCUUCUGCACCAUGAGGUUCCCUCGAGUGACCCACAUCCGGAAGGACAAGGGCUCCGAGGGCUGCAUGGAUACCACGGAGCUGGCCGCCAUCCAAGCCCGCCCUCGGCUGUCCGCGGCCCCCGGCGGUCCCCGCCACCAGAACACCCAAGGGGGACACUCAGGCUCGGGAAGCAGGAGGAACGGCGGCGACGGUGGAGGCAAGAACAGGGGGCGGACGGGGGGUGGGAGGAAGGUGUCCGAGCUAUUCGCCACUGCUGGGGGCGACGAGGUUACGGUUAAGGAGAAGGUGUUCGUGGCGGCGAGCGGGAGGACCGCGCUGGAGUUGUGCGUUGUCGGAACCGGCUUUUCUGGGGUGCACGUCCCCGACGUCAACACGAUCGACGUUGAUGCCUGGUGGGCGCCUGCGGGAUCUACAAGAAGAAAGGCCGAAGGAGGUCAUGAGGGCAGGACCAAGCAGGACAUCGAACUUCUCAUCCGUGAACACGGGGGCACGGUGACGGCGAACCCGAUGCCCACGACGUCGUUCGUGGUGGUCGGAGACACGACCUCGGUCUCGGUUAAGAACCUGAUCGCCUCCCCCAAGAAGGAGUACAACGUGGUGGGGUACCGCUGGGUCCUGGAGUGCAUCCACCAGAAGGCGUACAAGUUCCCGUCCAUGGAGCACGUGCGAGCCUUAUCUCCUGAAGCUCGUGAGUACUUCGAGGCCGUCAAGGACGACUUCGGCGACGACUACACGGAGCUCACGGAUGCUGCACAAUUGUCCAAGCUGAUGCUCAACAUCCCCCCGACCAAGAGAGCAUGUCAGGGCGGCGGGAAGUGCGCGACGCCGUCGUGGCUGUCACCGCUUCUGGAGCUGGACGACGAAGACGCCGAGACGCUCAUGCAUGGACCCGACUUCCUGUUCGCCGGAAAAUGCCACGUGUACUGCGAUCUGUUCACAGACUUGGGGCCAGCGGAGCCGCCACGAGGUGCCGACGGCGACGCUAGCGGAGAUACCACCGAUCCCCGACCAGCGCGCGAGGAAAAUCCGAACAAUCCCCUGGGGUCGACGGCGCGGGCUGUUCGAGCGUAUGGAGGGGAGGUGGCUCGCUCGCUGCACGCUGGCGUGACUCACGUGGUGGUGCACCCUGAAGAUACCACAAGGAUCGGUGAUAUCAAGGACAGAAUGAGAGACCUGCACCACAGAGACGACCGCAGAUUCCACAUUCGCGUCGUCAAGCCAGAGUGGGUGUGGGAGUGCAUCGAGAGGGGCAGGCUGGAGAACCCCAAAUCCGAACACCUGAUCUCGCUCGCUCCAUCGACGAGUGAGUUUACUCACCCCGGAGGACUUCACUCUCGCGUGACGGACACGUACACGACCAAUCACAAGGACGGUUCGGGGUAAUUCUAGGCCCGCACGGCGAGGAAGAGACUUGACACAGUUGGUGCUUUCUGCAGAGUGCGAUGUCAUAAAACCAACCCAUCGGUAGCCGUGUUUCUUGGAGGAUAACGCGCCCUUCGCAUUCGACACGAGAAAACGCACCCGGUGACAACAUUUUGUACAAAACGGUAUGCGUUAUUGUGUAGGGCGUGUGAUAUGUUUUGUCGCCCUAUGGGGUUGAUCCGAGAGUGGCUUAGUGUUAUGGGCUUAUGUGAACCCAAGAAAAUAUGGCCACAGGAUGUGUUGUACGGUGUGUAGGGUGGUGUUCUGUUAUGUGGGUGUAGUUGUUUUGCGUCAACUACGUUAGUCUCACGUCUUUGGCUUGGCAUUGCUUUCGUUCUGAAGGAACUUGGAAGCGGAAAAGGCCAAGUGCUCUCGUUGGGAAAGACAGGAGCGUUAGACAAGCCGGGCUUGAGUUCAAAGGCGAAAUGUUUGCUUGUGUUGAAGGUGCCACGGUAAGGGUUGUUUAGAAACCGCAGAGACAGUACCCAAACCGCUUCCCAAGGCUCGUUAGCUGGAACCAAGACCAAUCUUAAGGCACUUCGGUCUCCUGUGUGGUGACGAUCGGUCUCUACGUCUUUUACAGUAGUCAUGCGGUGAGAAGUCUCGUACAAGGUUAGACAUCCCGCCGUACUACUCAAGAGUUAGAGGAACCUGUGCCAGCCCAUGAGAUGUGUUUUUGGGGAGACUGGAAGGUGUACUGAAAGGCGUCUUGUCUGUCUGCCGGCCUGUGGUAAAUAUUGUAUUUCGGUUCGUUUGUUUGUGAGACUUGCCGGAAUUGGUGCUGAGAGCGCGUGCAUGGCCUUGGCGCGUUGCUGUCCGCCGGCGGAGUCAAGUGUAUGUAAAGCUGGAGGGGUUCCUGGGAUAGGAGUAGGACAGUUGACUCUUCUAAUGGUACGAUGCCGAAAGGAAGUGGAGGCUCCUUUUUGGAGAAAUAUGGAUCAAUCAAGCGAACCGAGCGGGGUCAUUCUUUUGCACUA